AUGGUGUAUCAGGUUUAUCUCAACUGGGAGGGAAACCAGUAUAAUGGUCGCGAGAUUCUCGUAUUCCCUAAUAGACAAUAUGCGGACGAAUUCUACAACCGGUGUAUCACGACCAGAACUACAACUAAUCCGCUCGACGAUAUAGUGAGACACACUCCUCAAUUCUGGUCUUUCUUCAUGAGCGCCGAAUCACGCCCUUACUACUUCAUUGACAGCAAUGCAAAAGACCUUAUUCCGACUACCAUGGUUGCUAGGAUCAGUGGAUACGAUAACAAUCAUGCCACCGGUGCCAUGCCCAUCAUCCACAAUGACCCUACAGCUAACGUGGAAUAUCGAUCCGGAGGUUCUUAUUAUAUCCGCACGAAGUCCACUCCCCAUUUGUACUGGUUUCUCAAAGAUACAAAUAUUUAUCUUGAUACCAGAAAAGCUACUAAGUUUCAAAUAUACCGAGAUGACUCUGAACGAAAUAGGCAGUCAGAUGAUCGUCGAGUGCUUGAAAGGAAGGAUCUUGUCCAAUUGUCCGCUCUUAACGCAAGUGGAAGUCAGGACGUUGGCGUGAGUAAUCAGAUUGUGACUACUGCACAGUCACCCUUCCAGUUCAGUUUCGGUUGUUUUUACAAUGGAAAUUUCGGGGUUGACUGGAGUAGUGAAGGCAAUGACCCGUAUCUUGUUUAUCGAGCCAGCUAUGCUGGCGAAGAGUGGGAACUCGUGAACUAG